AUGUCACUGAGUUUUGUUAAUAGCAGGAAGAAGAAGAGUGAAAACAUGAACAAUACGGAGAAGGGCAAGAACAAGAAAGUCAUCAAGCACCGACGGUUCCUCGAUCGAAUGGCCAAGAUGAGCGGCAAGGACAUCUUCGCGUCCCGGUGCAACAAGCUCCUUGAGCCUUAUGACAAUAUCUUGGCUCUCAUCAUCAUCGCCGUAGCGUUUCACCGACGUUACUCCGUUGAAAUCCCAUUAUACUCUGGUGUCUUGAGCACAAAGGAGAGGGAUGACCUCUUGCACAAGUGGCAGACGGUGUCGCAAGCGACGACGCUCAUCGGCUUCCAAGCCAAGGCUGGUGGAACUGGGCUGACCAUCAACGAAGCGUCGCAGGUCACCUUUGUGGAGCCCUGGUGGAACCCCCCCGAUGCGCUGCAAGCCGAGCGACGCGCCCUCCGCAUCGAACAGGAAAAGCUUCUGAAGGUCAUAGACAAGAUCAUGGCCGCGUUACGAACCGCAAAGGGAGCCGAGGUGGAGACCCCGCCACACGUUCCGCAGUUUGGCAUGGUACCGUAUAGUCCCUACACGCGAUUCAGAGAGAUGGAUGCAGCAGCGAUGCGACAAGAAGAGGAGAAACAGGCGAGAGGAGCGACAGAAGAAGACAAGGCUGAAGAGGGUGAAGAGAGGCCUAGCAAGAGGCCCAGGCUCCCAGAGGGCGCGUACGCCGAAGAUCAUGGUGCGGUUGAAGGUCUCGUAGGGCUUGUGGACAUUUCUUCUUGCAACCAGGUCGCACCCCAUAUCAGGCGGUUACAACUACGCAGUCGUCCCCAGAAGACCUUUCUCGAGAUGUGGUGGGGAAUACACAACGGAAGCCACGGAGCUCGCAGCAGUAACUACAUCAAUCGCACGUAUUUGAACGUCAGCAUCUCACAGACAGGCUGGCAUGUGUGA